CCAUCAGAAAAGAACAAGAGUUAUUCAUCUUUAUUCUACAAAAAAGUAGUAAGAAAUGGGAUACAAUUGUGUGUCCUUAAUACUAACAAUCUUGCUUGUCGUGAUUACAUGGCCCGUGGUUUAUGGUAACGAUGCUACACCAAUUCCUCAGAACAAAAACCGAAUCGAGCAGUGGUUCAACAACAACGUCCCUUCGUUGGCUAGUAGAAAAGACACGUUAGAUCCAGCUCUGUUGACUGCUGAGGCUACCCCGCGUGUUAUUAAGGUGAGGCAAAAUGGAAGAGGCGAUUUCAAGACAUUAACCGAGGCGAUAAAUAGUGUACCCGUAGGGAACAAGGAACGCGUGAUCAUCAAGUUAGGUCACGGUGAAUACAAAGAGAAGGUUACGAUCGAUAGAAACAAGCCUUUCAUCACAUUGUACGGUGAUCCAAAUGCGAUGCCCGUGUUGACAUUCGAUGGUACGGCAGCCGAAUACGGAACAGUCGAUAGCGCAACUCUCAUUGUCUUGUCCGACUACUUCAUGGCCAUUAACAUCAUUGUCAAGAAUUCUGCUCCAAUGCCGGAUGGGAAAAGGAAAGGAGCACAAGCUUUAUCUAUGAGAAUCUCUGGCAACAAAGCAGCUUUCUAUAACUGUAAAUUCUAUGGUUAUCAAGACACGAUUUGUGAUGACACUGGAAACCAUUUCUUCAAAGACUGUUACAUCGAAGGGACAUUUGAUUUCAUCUUUGGGAGCGGACGCUCUUUAUACCUCAGUACACAACUAAACGUUGUGGGAGAUGGACUCAGAGUGAUCACAGCUCAUGCGGGGAAAAGCACGGAAGAGAAAAGCGGGUAUUCAUUCGUGCACUGCAAGGUUACAGGGACUGGAACUGGGAUUUACUUGGGUCGAGCAUGGAUGAGCCACCCCAAGGUCGUCUACGCAUACACUGACAUGUCAAGUGUUGUAAACCCGUCUGGAUGGCAUGAAAACACCCAAACAGAGCGUGACAAGACGGUGUUCUAUGGAGAGUAUAAGUGCUCAGGACCAGGAUCGCGAAAGGAAAAGAGAGUUAAGUAUACACAAGACAUUGACAACAUAGAAGCUAACUCUUUCAUCUCGCUCGGCUACAUCCAAGGAUCCAGCUGGCUCCUCCCUCCUCAUUCUUUGUAAUCUCUCAUAAUCAAUUGAGGCUUGUGUAAAACAAGGAAUAAGAAUCAUACGUGGCCGAGCUUUUAUUGGUUGUCCUUUUAUUUAUAUGACACUUGUUCCAUAUUUUGAUUGGUUCAGAAUAAAAAAAAACAAAAUUUGUUCUCAGAAAACUUGUGGUGACAGGAUUUUUUUUUUCUGAAUGAAUGUAAAAAAAAUUCGGCCACGAAAACUUUUCUUAAAAAAUUGCAACAUUGUGUAAAAAAACUAUCAGCUAGUUAAAUGUUUGUAACUUUGUAUGGUAAAGAGCUUGAACUCAAACAGAGACCAAGAGAAUCAUCGUGUGUCAAACCAUCUUCUCAUCGCUUCUUCAUAGCCUUUUCUCCUCAAUUUUUGUGUAAUUGUGAUCCUUCGCUGUCUUGUCGAUGUAGCUCUGCAAACGGCUCGCAGAUUCGCAGUCUGAUGUAGUCCACCAUGUUUGCGACUAAUUUAUUCCCGCCAAAGUGAUUGUAAUUAAGGUUGAUUGAAACACAUAUCUGAUAAGAAAUAGAGUUUUUUGUCGAUAGAAAUUUUUCAUUUUUUUCUCCUAACUUGGAAAUUUUUCAAAUGGAUAAUUCAUACAUACUAACUUGUUAUUUGUCAUCUUGUUUUUUUUGUCACUGCUAUCAUAUAUAAAUUUCUUUGAGUUUUUUGGGCAAGAGUAAACACUAUUUUAAUUCCACCCUUCAUCAUUUUUAACAAUAGAAAAUAACAUGCACUUUUUGCAUAAUGUGAAUUAUGCAGCACCUACACUAACAUAAGAGUUUGAGAUUUCAUAAUGUGAAUAAUGUGAAUUAUGCAGCACAUAAUGUGAAUUCUUGCAUAAUGUGAAUUAUAUGCACCUACAUAGGAGGUGAGGAUUAAACACAAAUGUGGGCUGGGUUGAAUUAAAUUAACGUUUAGUUUUGUAAAACAUUUUUCCAAGCUAAGAAGGCCUAGUUUAAUAUGUUAGGGCCUAAUUAAGUAUCCUAUACGUAAGAAUCUCAAAGCUCAAUUUCCACUAAGAUUCAGAUCUAGGGUUUAGUUAUCAUUGUUCUCUGAUUUUUUUCAAUUUUUAAUUUUAAUAUAUUGGUUUUGACUUUUUAAUAAAGAUAAUUAUCGUGGUAUUAAUUGGUACUAUUCAAGCUCAACAGCUUGGAAUGCUGGGUUUUUUUUAUUGUUGCGAGAAUUAGAAGGUUGUUGUUUUCUGUAUUCAAUAUUCAUUUUAAUAUAAAAAAUGUUUUCGUGAUUUAAUGUUGGAGUUUAACAAAUUUGGAUUUGUAAUAAAGAAGUUUCAUUCCACAAAUAGGAGAGUUAGAAUAUGUGUUUUACAUCAGCGUGAAUUCCCAUGAAGUCCAUAAAGAUAUCAAACUUAACAUUGAUAUUCUAAUCAAACUUAUAACGUUAGACCAAAAAAAAAACUUAUAACGACUAAAGGCUGCUACCUCAACUGAAAAAAAAAAGGGCUUAUUGGCUUAAUAGCCAUAUUUCAGAGGAAAAUCAAAAGAAUAGACAUGAUUUUGACAGAAUGUAGUGACUGUCUUUUUGCCAUCAUUACAGCCGGUUAUAUCCUUGUUGGUAACAGGUACCCAGUUCCUUCACAUAAAAAAAACGACAUGGUCAUUUUGUGAGCCAUAGUAACACCUCUUAUAAUACUGAAAGUAUGUAUUUGUGGUUUUUUGAAAGAAGAAAAAGCUAUCCACGUAUAACUUUAUUGAUCACAUACAUAAACAUCAAGAUUUAUAUUCCAUAUCAUCUAAGUUUUAUUCCAUAUCAGAUAAAAACUAAACCCUAAAAUUUAAUCACUAAACCCUAACCCAAAUAUAAACCCUAAACUCAUAUAUCAAAAUCUAAAAAAUACAUAAUGGUAUGUAAUAUUAAACUAAAUUAUGUUAUAUUAAAUUAUAUUAUGUAAUAUACCAAUAUAUCACCAAAAUUAAAACACAUGGUAUGAAAGUUCAGAAGUGUUCUAUUCCAUAUCCAAACAGAACAGAAACAAGUAAUGCUUUCCCAAUGGUGAACCCAAUAUUCCAGAAACUAAACCCUAUCUAAUCAUCACGAAACCCUACACGAAAAAUAUAAACCCUAAAUAUAAACCCUUCUAAAUACUAAACCCUAAACCCUAAACUCUAAUCACUAAACCAUAACCCAAAUAGAAACCCUAAACCCAAAUAUAAAUAUUAAACCCAAAUAGAAUGGAACAAAAUAAAUAACAUAAUACAUAUUAGUGAAAUUAUGAAAUGUAUACGAUUGCAUGUAAGAAAUGUCUAUGAUUUCAUGGAAAAAGUUGAUGUUGACCCCAACCAUACCCCUUCAUCUUCUAAAUACUAAACCCUAAACCAUAUUCACUAAACCCUACACCCUAUUCACUAGACCCUAAACCCAAAUAUAAACUAUAAACCCAAAUAGAAUGGAACAAAAUAAUAGUAUGUUAUAUAUUGGUGAAAUUAUGAAAUAUCUAUGAUUUCAUGGAAGAAAUUAAAGUUAAUGCUUACCCCAACCAAAACCCCUCACUUUCUAAAUACUAAACCCUAAAUAUGAUUCACUAAACCCUAAACCCAAAAAUAAACUCUAAACCCAAAUAGAAUGGAACAAAAUAAAUAGCAUGGUAUAUAUUGGUGAAAUAAUGAAAUAUUUAUGAUUUCAUCGAAGAAGUUAAUGCUGACCCCAACCAUAUCCCCUCACCUUCUAAAUACUAAACCGUAAACUAUAUUCACUAAACCCUAAACCCAUGUAUAAACACUAAACCUAAAUAUAAACCCUAAACUCAAAUAUCAAAAUCUAAAAAAUAACAUAUAUUAUGUAAAUUAAAUUAUAUUAUGUAAUAUUAAACUACACAAUCUAGAUCAUUGUAUGAUAUUUACUUGUUCAAAACUAUAUUUCUAAACAAAAUAAAACACUCUUUAGUAAUCAUCAAAUAGAAUGGAACAUAAUAAAAUAGAAAAGUAGCAUAAUAUAUUGCAUUUCAUAACAUGAAUAUAACAAACAUAAUACAUUUCUAUUCUAUAUGCGAAUAGAAUAGAACAAAAUAAACAGAAAUUGUUCAUCUUCUCCGAUCAACUUAGGUCAUCCACGGCGACAAAAUAUAAAUGUAUCUUGCGAUAUUAGUGGAGAUAAUACAUAUAACCGCAUCAAAGAGACAGAUUUUAUUGUUGAUACAUUAAAUAGAAGAGAAGAACAUACGGUGGUGACGCGAUGAUGGUGUCGUUCGUAUAGAUGGAGGUGAUCAAAUCUUUUGCAACUGCUGCGGACUUAACGGGUUGUUGGAAGGCGCCGCUGCGGACUUAACGCUGCCGAUUGGGAGCCGAUUUCAGAAGCGGAGUAGAGACGGAUGUUUAUAACAGUGAAGGAGAUAUCAAAAAUUGAAGAGAUGCAGACGGAGGCGACGGGGUUACUCCGGUGCCAGAGGAUGUGGAGAAAGGUAAGCCACAAUUUACUGUUUUACGCUUAAUAAUUAACACUAAAAAUUAUUUUUUGUUUUGCAGGUUUCACCGGUUGACAUAAGGGGCAAAACAGUAUUAAUAUAGAAAAGUAACGACGUGUAUAGAUCUGUUAGGGAAAUUGUGUAGAUAGUGAAUUAGGCAUUUUUGUGUGGCUAUAGAGCCUAAUUUCCCAAAAAAAAAAAGACGAUUAAUCAACUUUUUUUUAAAGGGAAAAAUCAACCUUACAUAUGUGACAUAAAUUUAAAGUGGAACCAAUGAUUAAUCGAUUAUCGAUGCUCCUGUAUCUUGUGUUCGAGUUCGAAUUACAAGAAUAAUGUACCAUGAACUGUUUGAAUCUUCGAGAGCACGGUCUUUGUAGUCGCUACAUAAUUGUGCUGCAUUAAAGUUGUUCUUUGUUGCUUAUUCCGUCAGCCCGUGGGAUUUUCUUGUCAUCAUAAUUGUUAUAAACGCGUUUGUAUAGAACACAUGAAGAAAAUACAUAUGCAUAUACAUACUUAUAUGUUGUGUAACAAUAGAGGAAGUUGGUGGAAAUAGUAGUGACCGGUGAGAGUCCAGCAUGUGGCGCAAGUUAAGGGUCACAUACUGUUUGUUAAUUUAUUACACUGAGACACUAGUAGAACAAAUAGCCCAAAUGGAAACUUUAAAAAAAGUUCCCUAUAAUAAUCUUUUUAGUUUAUUUUUGUAAAAAUAGCUCCUAAUAAAUAAAAUAAUCAAAAUAAAUUUUAUUAAAAUAAAAUAAAUUAUCAUAUGGUUAACUAAUCUAAACUUAAGAUUUAGAGUUAAGAAGUGAGAUUUUGGGGAUAGAGUUUUAAAUUUUAAAAAAUAAAAAAUAAAUAUUAAAAUUUUUAAAAUAAAAAAAAAUUAUUUUGGUCAUUUUCUUUUUUGAAAGCUAUUUUCUGACCAAAACUUAAAAAAAGUUAUUUGAGAAAAUUGCUCAAACUUUAACUUGCAAAUUAUGUUUCUUUAUUUAACAAAUUAUGUUAUAUAAUGAAGAUAAAAUUUAAAUAAAACAAAAGAGUACUUAAUGCCGAUUUUCUGACCGGAUCUUUUUUGGGAAAUUGGAGGCUAUAGACAUGAAAAAAAAAAGGUAAUUUACCAUAUAGCAUUUUUACCUAACAGAUAUAUAUACGGCGUCAAUAAUACAUAAUAAUACUAUCCUACCCUUUUUCUUUCACCGGCUAACCUGCUACAAUUAAAAAAAAAAUAACGUUUAUUGUCCAAAGUAAAUCGUGUAUUCUCCCAUUCCACACACCUUCUCCUUCUCGCUUUCUUCGUCGGUUCUCUCUAGAAUUCCAAACGACCCUGCCGCUUCUCUGCUCCUACGGCUCGCCUCUCACUGCAAUCAACUUUUCAUCUCUGUCAUCUUUCCUUCUCAUCGGCUUCGGCUUUACGGGUGUCGGUGGUUCGGUUUUGCGCGACGGUUUCGGCGCAGGGGAGUAACACCGCCGGCAUCUCCAACUUCACAGAGGCGUUUUCUCAGAGCUUUGACAACAGCGUAAGUUUUUUGGCUUUCUGAUUCAUCUAUGUUUCUCUGCUUUGACAACAGCGUAAGUAUUCAUAUCCCAUUAAACCAUUCCAUUUAGGAUAGUAGCACUUGCAAUAAUGUUUUAUCUGUCUCACUUUGUGUUUGGGUGUGGUUCUCAGUCUGAUGUCGUUAAUCUAAGUUAUGCUUGCUUUGGGGUUUCUGUCUUUGUGGUCCAUUGUUCAUUGUCUAGAAAUAUCGAUUAUUUUGUGGAACACUAAACCCAAACCACAUGUAUGUUACGUCUGUAUCUGUAUAUUUAGCCUGAUGAGUGUCAUAUUAACUGGAAUAGUAUGUUAUUCAUAAUAUUCUAUUUCACAUGGAAUGGUACUUUCACAUAAUAUGUUGUUCCAUUCCGUUGCCGGUUCUUACCCUGUUUAGCUCAUUAUUCAUUUAUAUAUUGCAUAUGACAUUGUGAACCAUCUUCACUCUUUGACUCUCUUACUUUCCAUUCUUCAGGUUUUAUAUGGACGAGUUAGAGCUUCCAAGUAGAUUGUUUGAGACAAGCAGCGAACCUAGUGGCAAGAAAAAGGUUAACAACUAUUUCAAUCUCCGUUGGAUUGAAGUGAUAAAGAGUGCAUUAGAGGAUGAGGAUCUGACGAUGUUGAGUACUUCACAGUUUGGCCAAGUACUGAAGAUGGGGUCCCAUACCUUCUCGGUUAUGUUUCUUCAUUACCUUCUUUCACGACAGUUGAUCAAUGAGACGGACUUCGAACUUUAGUGGCUUUUCGUGGAGAAGCCAAUUCGGUAUGCUAUUCAAGACUUUGCACUUAUAACUGCCUCUAUUUCUAUUUGAUUCAGUGUAUAUGAAAUGGAAAUGAUCUUAUUUGCAGUCUCUCUCUGUUUAAAUUUGGAAUUAGGUUGUGUAAGUUUGUACGUUUGGUGUUCAUAUAUGAGGUAUUUACCAUGAUUUAAUUUCAGUAAAAUUUGGGUUGUCUAGGGAUUAGGGUUUAUACUUUUCUAACUUGGGUUUAGUGUUUAUUAUCGAUUGUUUGGUUACCAUCCCAUUUAUCUUUGUAUAUCAUGGUGCUCAAUGCUUGAUCUACUAUACACAUAGUACCAUUUUAAAUAGUACUGUUCCAAUGGAAUAAAAGUCUUCUCGUAACCCUAUAACACACAUUUCCCUUCUCGUAAUCAUUACCUUAUACCCAUUUUUUAAAUUUACACGGUGAAGAUAUCUUGGUAAAUCAGGAGGUGUACGUGGCAUCCUCCUACUCUUUCAUAUGUAAUAGAUGUCAUCAACUUGUGUUAGGUGUUUAAUGUCAAGUGUAGUUUUACCACUCCCCCAUUAGAUUUGUAUCCAAGUAACAUAGUAUAUGGUAUAUGGAAUGGAACAUUUAAAAUAAUAAAUACAUAGCACAAUCAUAUGGAAUAACAUUCGCAGGAGAUUGUACCUACGUUUCCCACAGCAAAUUCCAUGUGGCUCAUGAGGUUUAUAUUUUCAUAAGAUUUGGGUUUCCUAUGUAUUCGGGUUUGUAUUUUCUUAACUUGGGUUUAGUGUUUACUAUCAAGUGUUCUAUUACCAAUCCCAUUAGCUUUGUAUUUCAUGUUGGUCAUGAGGAAUAUAAAUACAUGUUCUCAAUAGUAUGACAUGUGGAUUUAAUUUCACAAAGAUUUGGGUUACCUAUGUAUUGGGGUUUAUAUUUUCUUAACUUGGGUUUAGUUUUUACUCUCAAAUGUUAUAUUAUCAUUCCCAUUAGCUUUGUAUUUCAUGUGGCUAAUGAAGAAUGUAAAUACAUGUCCCUUUUAUUACAUGUAGAUUUAGUUUACCGAUAUAACAUAGUAUAUAAUAUUUGCCCCAAUAAUCAUAGACAUUUCAAAAUUUGAACAAUAUAUACAUGUACUAUGCUAUAUCGUUUGUCACAUUUUAUAUUCUAUAGCUCAUGUAGAAUGAAAAUGCAUGUUACUUGGGAGUUUAGUUUAUGAAAGAUUGGGGUUGACAUUGGAUUAGGGUUUAUAUUUCCAUAUAGGGUUUAGUGAUUAAUGGCAAGGGUUUAGUUUAUGGAAGAUUAGAGUUGAUAUUAGAUUAGGGUUUAUAUUUUAUGUAGGGUUUAGUGAUAGUUGAUAGAGUUUAGUUUAUGUACGAUUGGAGUUGGCAUUGGGGCAUGCAUUACCACCUUCCAUGAAGACAUGACCAUAUCAGCAUUUGAAAAAUAUGUUAAAAUGAUCUUUAGAUUGCAAAUAUAUUUUUACCAUUUCUAUUAUAUAUGCCUCAUGUAGAAUGGUAAUGCAUUUUACUAGUCACCAGUACGUUGUGUUUGAUUUGCAUUUUUACUUUAUAAAUGAUAUGGUUAUGUUACCAUAUGGAAUAGUUCUACGAUAUAAAAAAAUAGUAUUCUCUAUUAUGUGUAGUACUACUUUGAAAUGGAAAUUAAACUUUCUUUGCAGUGUUAUGAAGGGAACAUAAGAUGGUAACUUAUAUUUUUGCAAUAUCAGACUUAUUUUGGCAAUAUAUAACUUCAUUUUGGAUAAAGUAUUACAUACUUUGCGUAUAUCAUGCAUAUUUUAACUGUCCAAUAUAGAUGCUCUUUCAAUUGGAACUAUAUUUGUUUUUAUAUUAUUCUAUCUACAAUAUAUAGUAUGGAACUACAGUUCAUGGAUUCUCCGUUUGUUUAACGUUGUCUUUUACACUUACUUAUCAUCAAUUCCUCUCUCUGCAUCUUUUUUUUCUUUUGAUUUUGAAUAUGGUUUAUGUACGCGCUUCUAAAAGUGUUUCAUUGUUAUUAGGGGACAGAAAACCACCACGUUGUUUUCUCCAUCUGAAAGAACCAGUAACCUGUUACAUAUAAGGCUAUAACCGGCAGAAAUUAAGGCAAAAAGUUAGUGACUGUAUUAUGUCAAAAUCAUGUCCAUUUCCUUGAGUUCUCACCGAAAUGUGGCUAGUAAGCCAAUUAGCCCAUCUUUUUUUUCGGGGAGGGGGAGGGGGAUAGGUAUAACGAAUAUAGAUUAUGACUAUUCGAUAAAUAUCCUAAAAGAGAUAUAGCAUAUGGUAGUUGCUCCACCGUAGGAAGUUGUGCGUGUGGACCGCUUCCCCCGUUGAAAAUAUGUUAAAAGUUGCCAUCAUUCCAAAAAGUAUCCUUUAGAUAUUUCUUAGAGCCAAACACUUCCAGUAUGACUAUGCACUAUACAUAUAAUCAUUGCUGGGGAUAACAAAAUUACUAUAAAACUUGUGAUUAAUGUUAAGCUUGUGGAUAAGUUUAAAACGUGUUGUUACAAAAAAAAAGUGUAAAACAUGUAGAAUGAGUACAAUCAUUAAGGAUAAAUACAGUAAUUGCAAAACAACCAUCACGUACACCACAAAGCAAUAAGACAACCGUAGAUAUAUAUUACAACAUCUCCGAUGUAUUACUCCAAAUUUUACUCCAAAAUAGUGUAAUUCCAAAAUAAAAUUAAAUUUUACUCCAAAAUAUUAUUUCAUCUUUUACUCAAAAAAAAUAUUUUUUUAUUUAGUUAAUAAUUGUUAGUAGUACUUUCAACUUAUAAAAAUUUAACAAUUAACUCAACUAUUUUAUGUUUACAAAAUUUCAAUAAUAAUAUACUUUAUUUAAAUUAAAUAUUUAUCAUUAAAAAUACAACUAGAGAUUAUCUUCCAAUUUCAAUUUGUGCAGUUUUUAUCAUAUGCAAUUUUUCUAAUUCAAAAAUAUUUAUAUGCAUUAAAAGAACAUUAAAAAACAAAGUUUUGUUUUGUAAUUUGAAUUAUGUAUUGGGUCCCAUUGUUUGUGCAUAUAUCAAGUUCAACAAGUACAAAUGUAAUCAAUCAAAUUUUUUACCCACGAUUAAAAAAUUCAUCUAUUCCGUUUGAAUAAUACAUCACCAAUUUUGGUAGUUUCGAAAACAAUUUAUCGAAUUAAUUAUUGAAUUACUUAUUUAUAUUAUAUUUAUUUUAUAUUAUGUAUUCUUAGUUUGACUUUUAUGAUUAUGCAUAUUUUAUGUAAACUAUUAAAUAAUCUUUUGUGGAGUUUUAUAUUUUUUAUGUUAUUAUAUUAUUUUAAGUAAGAAACAAAAAAAUUAAAGAUUAAAACGACCAUUUCAUAAAUAGAAAAGUUCAACUCUUAUGAGGUAAUCUUACCCGUUACUACAUUUCGGAGUUGAAUAUAGAGUGGGAUUGGAAAAAAUUUUAUUCCAAAAUUGAGUUUUGAGUCAAAAAUGAAGUAGGGUUGGAAAUGACCUUAGAGGAAGCUAACAAGGUCAUUACCAACAGAGCUAUGAGUCAAAAAAUUUAGUCAAAAUUGAGUUUUGAGCCAUUACCAACAGAGCUAUAACUAAGGAGAUUAUUGGUGUUGUGGCUGACAUCAAUCAUCUCUCAUCUCUGUUUUUAUCUAUCUCUUUUGUUUUCAUCCCACGAUCUGAGAAUCGUGAAGCAGACGCUCUGGCGAAACUUACUCGUCGUCUUCAGUUUCUUGUAAUGAACCCUUUAUUGGGCUAAACUUUAGGUUCAGGCCCGGUUUAAGUUUCUAUAAAGUAUUUCUUUGACAAAAAAAAGAAAGAAAGAGGAAGCUAACAAAAUAAAUUGUCCUUUCUGAUCUAUAAAUAUAUUCAAAUCACUUAACAUCUCGAAUUUUUAAACAAUUUAAAUGUAUAUUUUAUUUACAUUUACACGUCGAAUAUGGAUUACAAAGUUGUUUUAGCCUGUUGAAAUUUUCAUGUCAUUUAACAUGUAUGUUUUUAUUACCUCUGAAAUUAAAUGUUACUUACUGAAGAUGCAUACACAUUUUCAUAUAAACUAGGUGGUUGCUCGUGAUUUCACGGAUAUAAAUAUUUUAUGAAAAUUAUAUAUUAUGUUAAUAAUUUUAUAUUUAAAUAAUAAUCAUAACUACUAAAAAUAACUUUUUAUUUUAAAUAGUUUGAAAAUCAAAAUUUUUGGUAUUGUAUAAUAUUAGAAUAUUAUUGAGAUAUAUUGCUAAUUCUAUAAAUUUUAUUGUAAGUUUCCAAAAAAUCUUUUUAUUACAUUAUUUUCAAAAACCAAAGAUUAAUGAGAAAAAUGUUAUUUUAUAACACUUUCUAUUUUCGCAUUAUUUUAUCAACUAUUUUAUUUUAUUUAGAAGUAAAAUAGUUACAAAUAAUUAAUUUACAGUUAUAGUAAUACGUAAAACACAUGUUUUUUGGUAAACAAAUAAAAAAUUAAGUACACAAAAAUAUAAAAUAACAAAGAAUACAACCAAUAAUAUAAAAAAACAAGUUUUAUUACUCUUCACUGAUGUUUUGUAUAUUUAUCCUUUCUUUUUUCCUAUUACAAAAUAAACAUGUCAAUUUUAUUAUAAUCAAAACUAUAUCAAUAGAAUUUUAACUCUAGUCAUGUAUUAAUAUAUUGUUCUCAUUUUUAAUUUAUAUUAUAAUAAAAAUUUCACUGAUUAAUAUUAUUUUAAAGAAUUUACCAUAUAAUUUUAUUAUAAUCAAGACUAUAAUAAUUAUAUUAAUAUAGUAUAUUAACUUUAGUCUCGUAUUAGUAUAAUGUUCCAAUUUUUCAAUUUUAUAUUAUAAUAAAUAUUUUCAUUUAUUAAUAUUAUUUAAAAAGACUUACUAUAUAUUUUAUGUUUUUAAAUAUACAAAUACUUUAAUCAUUUCUGAAAGUAAUAACUCAAUUAUACAAUCAACAUUUGUCAUUGAAAAAUUAAUAAAUGUUUUUAAAAUUGUAUAUUUGACUGUUUUGUAUCCAUUAAAAACAUUUUAGGAAGAAAAAAAAUAUAUAUAUAUAUAUAGUGAGUAUAAGAAAAUAUAAUUAGGUUUAGGUUAAUUAGUUUUCUGUAAUCUAUAAUUUAUUGUAUCCAAUAUUAAUAAAAAUAUGUUAAAAUCGUUUAUUUAAUUAUUUCUAUCAUAUCAUAUGUAUUUAUUUAAAUUUCUAUAAUGUAAUCUAUGAUAUUUAAUUGUUUCUAUAAACAUAUUAUUUUAAUUCUUCUAUCUUAAAAUGUUUAAUUGUUUGUAUGGUAAUAUAGAUUAGAUCAUGUAGUUUUAGGAUUAGUUUUCUUUUUAAGACUUUAAUUAAAUAAAUAAAAAUUUAAAUACUAACAAAAAAUCAAAUUAAGAGAAUUAAUUUUAAAUUUCACCUAUGAAUGAUGCCUAAGCAUAAAUCACUUAAGUGACUUUUCAAUUAAUAUAUAUAGCAGGAUAGGACUGGGUAAUAAUAUUAUCAUUCAAAAAGAAUUUCACAAAACAACGAGCUUAUUUGAAACCAUUUUUAAUUUAACAUAUACUAUGUAAAGCCAUAUGAUCUGGUACAUAUGUAAUAAAUCGCUUUUUGUUUUAUUUUAAAAUAAAGCUUGAAUAGUUUAUUGAUUUUCAGUUUUUCAAUAACCUUAAACAUCUUAGAAAUGUGUAGACCAUCUGAUUAUUUAUUUUUUUAAAGACAAUCUGAAUUUCCUAUAGCAAAUGUUAGCUUGGAAGGUUUCCUGUUGAGUUCGAUUAGUUAAUCGUUAAGAUCCUAGCUAGUUGGAUAUGUUGAAGUGAUAUUUUUUCAAAACACGAUAUAUCUGGUUUGCUUGAUAGAAAAAACAUUCAUUAACAAACCUGCACUUAACAAGGGAUCAUUACAAUAGCCCGGUGAACCAAUUUAGCCAAAUAGUCAAAUCUAUGGUCUUUUUGUGGUAUAAAGACAAAUUAAAUUCUGGAAAAUAGAGCAUUAUAGGUGAGCGGUAUCAUGCAAAAUCCAGUAGAUCGCUUUGACUGAAGUGGUAGCACGAUUUAUUAUAAAGAUGUAUUGGAGAGAAGAUCCUCCAUCAAAAAUACGAAAGAAACUUGAGUAAUAUAUAAGGGAUUUUGAUUAAUCUAUCAAUUGUUAAUUAGUUUUAAGUUGGAAACCCAAAAAAUUUAUCAUGGUAUCAGAGCGGGUUCAAUAUCCUGACCUAUUAAUUCAACCCGAACAGUGGCUCGAUUAUCCCAUUGGCUGAUGGUCCAUAGAAGGCUCAGUUUCACCGAGAUCGGUAGAAAAUAAAACAUGGUCUUGGAGGGGAUAUGAUGAAUUUUGCGAGAUUAAUGGUUAUACGUACCAUUAUUUCGAAGGAAGGCAUUGGAGAGAAGAUCUCACAUCAGAAAAUAUGAAAGAGACUUGAGUAAUAUACAAACGACUUGGGCCAAUCUACUAAUUACCAAUUAGUUUUAUGGUGGAAGUCCAAGAAACUAAUGAAAUAGUGAUUUAUCUACAAUUUUCAGUUGUCAAUGGUUUUCAUGUGUAUAUGCUUCUUUAUAGAUGUAUUUAUUUGUAGUGAUGAAGAUGAUGCUGAACAUUUCUUAACCACAAGCCGCAAUUAGUAAAAUUUCUCAGUGGGAUUGACGCUGAGACGCAUCUUAAAGGGUUUCUUGAAGAUAAUAUUUUGUACUUUAAAGAAACUCAAGUAUCUCAGUAAUAUCAAAUAUCUAAUCAUUUAUCUUGACAUUUCUGUAUAUAUUGUAAUACCGACUAUUCUAGAGACAAUAAAGAUAAACUCUUUGAGUGGUAAUUGAUAUUUAAAACAAGAAAAAGUUUAAAAAUUGUCCAUAGCUAGUGAUUUCAUGAUUGAUCUUCUUAUUAUAUUGUUAGGGCGGUGGUGCCUAUUUACAGUUGUUAACUUGAUAACUACAUCUUAAGUAAAAAUAUAUAAUAAAAGUUUAUAUUAGUUCACAACAUGUGUAAGAGAUACACUUGCAAUGUGUUUUUAAAUAUCUUUUCCCAAAAUUUUAGACUAGAAUUUCAGAAAAGGGUGGGUCUGGCCCAUCUCACACUAUUAAAUCAACUAUUCACGGACCGUUUGCAUUUCAAUGCUGCUUCAUGCUGUUGCCUAUAUAACCGGUGGGAGAAGCUUUCUUACAAUAACCUCAUAGCAAAACAAAAUCUAAAAGAUCUAUAUAAGAACCUUAUAGAACAAAAUUUAGAAAAUGAUUAGAGGACUCUUGUUAGUUUUGUUCUUUUUUAUCACUGUGAAGACUUCAGUUUCUCGUCCAUUCGCAUGGUCCAAAGGUGACAUGCAACCAGGCCAAAACUACCAAGGUGAAAGUGGGUCGGGGCGUGGGCCCAAUUGGGGGUACAACUGGGGUUGGGGCUCUGCUCCAGGAUCUGGAUGGGGUUACGGGUCAGGUUCCGGUAGAUCGUCGACGGGGUGGGGAAGAGGAUCCGGAUACGGGUAUGGAUCUGGAUCCGGAUCAGGAAGCGGAUACGGAUAUGGCUCUGGAGGUGGCGGAGCCCGUGGUGGUGGGUAUGGUUACGGUAGCGGAAAUGGUCGGUCCGGUGGAGGUGGCGGUGGUGGUUACAACGGUGCAGUUGCCACAUUGAGCCACGGUAGUAAGUCUCAUCCAUGAUGAUAACUUGUAAUUUCUCGCAACGUAAAAGGUUAUGGGAGUGGUAUAAGUGUUCUCUUGUAAUAUCAAGGUUAUUAGGUUUGGUACCCUUUUAAAAUGUAACUUCCUAUCUCGUAUGCUUUAUAUAUGGAUUAUGUGCUCAGCGAAUCUUAUGAUGUAUUUGCAUGUGUCUCUAAAUGUAAGGAAACAUACAGUCAGCUACAAUCGUAAAACACUUUAAUUUUCAAAAGAAAAUGAUAUUAUAUUUAGGCUAUUUUGUGGAAAGUUCCGUUAUAACUGCACAAUAUAUAUAAAUAUAUAAACCACCAUAAGAUGUA